CCCGCCAAACCAAAUUCUUAUUUAGUCAAAGAUAGGAGCUUGAAAUAUUUUGGUUGUAAUAUCUUCGAUUAUUGAACUGUACCUGCUGGAUUCAUGUUCUUCUUUUCUUGAGUUAAUGUUCCCAUAAUGUAUAUAAAACAGGUAAUAAUUCAAGGAUUUCGAAGCUACAGAGAUCAAGUUGUUGUUGAGCCAUUCAGUCCCAAGCACAAUGUUAUUGUUGGACGAAAUGGUUCAGGAAAAAGCAAUUUUUUCUACGCCAUACAGUUCGUUCUCAGCGAUGAAUUUAGUCACAUGCGGCAAGAGGAAAGACAAGCCCUCCUCCAUGAGGGAAGUGGUCCGCGUGUUAUUUCAGCAUUUGUCGAGAUCAUCUUUGACAACACGGACAACAGAUUGCCAAUGGAGAAAGAUGAAGUUUCUCUACGGCGAGUUAUUGGCUCGAAAAAAGAUCAAUUUUUCCUCGACAAAAAAAGUGUCACAAGAAAUGACGUCAUGAAUAUGCUGGAAGGUGCUGGCUUUUCAAGAAGCAAUCCCUAUUACAUUGUCAAACAAGGCAAGAUCAAUCAAUUGGCUACGGCUAAAGAUUACGAAAGACUAAAGCUGCUUCGUGAAGUUGCUGGGACACGUGUUUAUGACGAGCGUAAGGAAGAAAGCCAACGCAUAUUGAAUGAGACUGAAAUCAAAAAGGAAAAGAUCAAGGAACUGCUUGCAUACAUCGACGAUCGAUUGGACACAUUGCAGGUUGAGAUGGACGAAUUGAAGCAAUACCAAACGCUUGAUAAAGAUCGUAGAAGCAUAGAGUAUACUAUUCACGAAAAGGAGCUUCAGGCAACGAGAGCUAAGUUAGAACAGCUCGAAACGAAUCGCGAAGAUGAGAUGAGAUUAACUGCCAAAUUACGUCAAGACGUUGCGGAGGCAUUGGACAAAAUUGAGGAACUAACUGAUAAAGCACGAACGUUAAAAGAGAAAAUACGCGAUCUAGGUGAGCAAGAAUUGCAGCUUGAUGAAGAAAGAAGUGAAAUUGUCCAGAAUAAAACGAAACUGGAGUUAGAUAUUAAAGACUUCGAAGAUGCUAAAGAAGGGUAUCGUUCUACCAAGCAAAAUUACGAGUUGGAAUUGAAAGACAUUCGGGAAAGAAUUGAGAAAGGGCAAGAAGAGCUUGAAAAUAUGUUACCACGUUUCAAUAAGCUGAAAUCUACUGAAGAGGAAUGCUCGUUACGGAUGGAAGUGUGCGAGCAGAGGCGAUCUCAACUGUUUUCGAAACAAGGUCGUACAAAUCAGUUUCAGUCGAAACAGCAGCGCGACGAGUGGAUAAACAACGAACUGAAGUCGCUAGCGAAGUCCAUCUCCACAAAAGAGUCGCAGAUUCUCGCACUCCAAGAAACCAUAAAACAUCUAAACGCGUCGAGGGAAAACACAGAGAAAGCAGUUCGGGUGAUAAAGGACGAUUUCAACGAAAUAAGGAAGGAAAUUGACGAAGCAAGCGAAAAAAAACACGCAUUGACUAAACAAAGAGAUGAACGAACAAAUAAAAGAAAGGAGCUGUGGAGAGUUGAAGCAGAACUCGAUCAAACUGUUGAAACGUAUAAGGAGGAUUUAUAUAGACGCGAAAGGGUUUUGCGCAGUUCCGUCAGUAAGGCAAUAUUGAAUGGAAUCGAAAGUGUGAAAACGAUUGUUCGCGACGAGGGAAUCCAAGGUUACCAUGGCCCGCUGAUCGAGAACUUCACAUGUCUUCCACGAUUUUACACCGCUGUCGAAGUGACGGCUGGAAACAAGUUAUUUCAUCUUUUGGUCGACUCCGACAAAAUCGCCACAGAUAUAUUAAAGAUAAUGAAUAGACGCAAGAUGCCCGGAAGUGCAACGUUCAUGCCACUCAACAAAUUAAGCACGAGAGAAACGGAUUUUCCAAUUCACAACGAUGUGUUCCCCAUGAUGCGUGAGCUCAAAUUCCAACAGAAAUUUCGCCCAGCGAUGUUGACGGUGUUUGGUAAAACAUUAGUAUGUCGAGAUAUCGAUGUUGCAUCGCAAUAUUCUAAGAGCGCGAACCUCGACUGUGUCACAAUGGAAGGCGAUCAAGUCAGUCGUCGUGGAGCUUUAACUGGUGGGUACUACGAUUCCAGGAAAUCCAGAUUGGAAUGUCAGCGAUCGUUACAUGAAGUUCGAGCGAAGAUUGAUUCAUGCGAAUCACAAAAACAGGAAAUACGAAAGCAAUUGGAGCAAAUCGACGGUGAAGUGACCAGUAUUCUAGGUGAACUUCAAAAAAUAGAGAGCAAACUAAUGAUGCAAAAGGAAACGAACGAUCAACAAAAAGUCAACGUCAUAACGAAACAGAAAGAACUACAAGACAUGGAGGAAAGUUUGGCUCAUAAGAAUCAACUUUUAUCAAAAAUGCAUGGUGAUUUGGGAGGAAUGAAAUCGUCGAAAAGCUCACUCUCCAGUGAACUAGGAACAGAGUUGAUGACCAGAUUGUCAAAUGAGGAUCAAAACGAGGUUGAUGUAAUAAACGAAGAAAUUCAACAAUUGCAAGAGCGUCUGCGAACUACAUUAUCCGAGAGAUCUGUGCUCGAACCUCAAAAGAACAAGUUGGAAAAUCUCUUGACGAACAAUCUUAUCAAGCGUCGCGACAAGCUGCUGCAGGAAUUGGAUGAAAUGGCUCUUGAAGGCGAUGAAAGACAGUUGACGUCAAUGAGAGAGGAAUUGGCUUCAUUAAAUUCUAGACAUGCCACGAUUUUGGAACGACUUCAAGGUAUAAAUAGAAGAGUUAAUGAAGUGACUGGAGAAGUCAAGGCUACCGAUGACUUGCUGGAGGAUUGGAAGAAUAAAGAAAAGGAAAGCCAACUGCGCUUGAACGAUGACUCGAAGUCUGUCGAAAAGAUCGCCAGCAAAAAGAGCGUACUUAUUAAAAAGAAAGAUGAUUGUAUGAAGAAAAUCCGUGAACUGGGAUCGCUUCCCUCUAAUGCGUUCGAGAAGUACCAGGCGGUAAAUGUGAAGGCGCUAUGGAAAAAACUACAAAAAUGCAACGAAGAUCUGAAGAAAUACAGUCAUGUAAACAAGAAAGCGUUAGAUCAGUUUGUGAAUUUUUCCGAGCAGAAAGAAGCACUUACGAAACGUAGAGAUGAAGUGGACAAAGGAUACAUGGCAAUAACGGAUUUGAUAGAUGUUUUGGACCAAAGAAAAAACGAAGCCAUUCUAUUCACAUUCAAACAGGUUUCCUACCACUUCACCGCGGUUUUCAAAGAACUCGUUCCUCGUGGUAAAGCAAACCUUGUCAUGAAAACAGGAGGCCCAAAUCCGGACGAUGAUAGUAGUAGCCGAAAUUCACAGGGUAGUGAUGGUACUGGUGGUAGUCAAAGCCAAUCCAGACUUCCUUCCGAUAAAUUUACUGGUGUAUCUAUAAAGGUUUCCUUUACUGGUAAAUCAGCAGAGACUCGUGAAAUGAAUCAGUUGUCUGGUGGUCAAAAGUCCUUAGUUGCACUUGCGUUGAUAUUUGCAAUACAGCGAUGUGACCCCGCGCCAUUUUAUUUAUUUGACGAAAUUGACCAGGCGCUGGAUCCUCAGUACCGCACUUCAGUUGCUGAAAUGAUAAAAAAGCAAGCAGAAAAGGCGCAGUUCAUUACGACAACAUUUCGAGUUGAGCUUUUGGAAUAUUCGGACAAGUUCUACGGUGUUCGCUUCAGGAAUAAAGUCAGUCACAUCGAUGUAAUUGCGAAGGAAGAAGCAAAGGAAUUUGUUGAAAGUGACGAACAUAACGCAGCAGGGGACUCAUAGUUGUCUUGUUACUGUACAUAUUUUCACGAUUACUUGAAGGAAUUAUUUAAGAAUUAGAAAAUUGAGAUUCUGAUUUAUGUUCUGGACAUUACAUGGUGACCAUCCCAUCUCAACUAACACCUUCACAACGAUAUGGUGGGGACUAUAAAGUCGUUGGAGACAACAAUAGAGGUAAAUAAACAAACCACAACAGCAAUAAAAAAAAUGCACUUCAAUCAAUUUUGCUUUCCUGCUUACUGUUAUAAGCUCUCACCGUCGCGUUACUGAGAGUUAUGAUUGACUCUUGAACCUACACCUUAAAUGCUCCUUUGGAUACCUGUUGGGCUGAUGUAUGCAAUUGCUAUUACCUUUGUGUGAACUUUUCCUAUUGCACAUCCUCAUUAAAAUCAACAGGUGAUUAAUAUUGAACAGUCAGUAAACAUUUUGAUUUCGUUAUUGUAAAGCGAAAGCAAAGAAAUCAUGUAGUUGGUAACGCUUCUUCCAUCAUUCUUUAUUUGUGAAGGUAUGUUGAAUUUAAUGUUUACCUGUCAUAUCUUUUAUUUAUGUUAUUUGUCAUAAAUAACUUCCGUACCAUGUAUGUAUGUUUUAUAUGGAUAGCGUUUGUUGAUUUUGGUGGGAUUUUCAAACAAGCUUAAAUAGAUUUUGAACAAUUUACCAUUGGGAGUUACUGAACUUUCCCACAUCAUCACCAACUAUACAUUCCAAUGGUUUAUCUCAAAUAUUUGUAUGUCAAAGCUAAAAAAUUAAGAUGAGUCAAAAUAAUGGCACUUCAGAGAAUUUCAGUUAUGCAUGUUAUUAUGCAUGAAAUAAUUUUACUUUUUCUACUAUGGCUGUAAUGAAGAAAUAGAGCUAUUUAUACAAUGCUUUUUACAUUCAUUGGUUAUGACUCAUCCAAAUCUUGCGUUAAACAUAUUAUGCAUCGUCAACUGAAAACAAAGAAUCGUGCUUUUAAGAAAUUAUGGAAAAAACAAAGAAUAUCUUAAAGGUGUUCGGUAAAUUUAGAUACAUAUUAAUGUAAAAUACCAUUAAUGUUAUUUAAUAAAACCAAUACAUUUACAUUGACGUA